AUCAAAAUAGGAUAUUCUGUGAAUUGAAUCCAGAUUUCGACUUUUAAAAUGGAUAAGGAACCGACUAAAGUUGUUGGGGCUAAACCAGGAGUAGUCUACCAAAGUCUGUAUGGGAUUUUUAUUGCAGUUUUGAUAAUAGUAGGCCUGUACUACAACCUUACCGGCCGAGGUUCACGAUUUGACAUUGGAUGGUUUCUCCAAUCCACUUCUCCUUAUAUGUGGGCAUUGAUUGGAGUUGGUUUUGCCAUUUCUUUAUCCGUUGUAGGAGCUGCUUGGGGAAUUUACACAACUGGUACGAGCAUAUCUGGCGGAGGAGUCAAAGCCCCACGUAUCAAAACCAAAAAUUUAAUCAGUAUUAUCUUCUGCGAGGCUGUAGCCAUCUAUGGAAUUAUCAUGGCCAUCGUGAUCAGUACCAACCUGGUUUAUUUUGAUCUAACAAAGUUCGACGAUCCAGCAAAAGUUUACCAAAAUUAUGGUGCCGGAUUUAUGAUGUUUGGAGCAGGUUUAACUGUCGGUCUGACCAAUUUAGCUUGUGGAAUUUGUGUUGGAAUUGUCGGCUCUGGUGCUGCGUUGGCCGAUGCUGCAAAUGGAUCGUUAUUUGUGAAGAUUUUGAUCAUAGAAAUCUUCGGUAGUGCUAUUGGACUUUUUGGAUUAAUUGUAGCCAUUUUACAAACCUCAAAUGCUGUGAUGGCUAGUAGCGCUGCAUAGAUCGAGAGAAACUCUCCUAGCAAAUUAGCAUUUUAAUAUUUUAAGGUGGUAAACAGGGUGAUUUUCAAUGCAGAGUCAAUAAUUUUAACUGCAUUCGAUGUUUUAAAGAAGAAAGAUUAUAUAUAUCCCUGUGUAGAAUGGUCUAGUAUACGUCUAAAGCAAAAUAAGGAAAGUUAGCCUACAUGUUGAAUGUAAAACUAAAACGACUUCAAGAUAUAAGUUAUAAGCUUAUAGUUUUUUAUUUGUGGUUAUAAAUAACAGUUCCAUAUUACAUUUUGUCCUGAUUUGGGCACUUUGGACUAAGGGUUCUGCCUUUAAUCAUCUAAACUAAUAAAGUAGGCUUAUACAAAGUGGUGAUAAGUUUUCCGAGGGGGUAAGCCAAAAAAUGUCCCUCAACCUUUCAUUCAGUAUUGGUGCUAUCAAAAGUGGUAAAUUCUAAAUAUUGUUAUAUACAAUAGUGCGAGCUGCUUGAAUAAUGAAAAUCACCCUGUUUACGAUUGUCAAUGACAUAAAGAACAAAAACUAUCAUAAGUUUGGACUAUGUAAAGUUAUAUUUAUUAGAAAUCUUGACUGUAUAUUAUCAAUACCAGGAUGUUGUGUAUUUAGAGUAGUAAAGAGUAUAUCUGAAAUAAUGAUCCAUACACAAUGUAGUACUAAUAUUAAAAAUUCAGUUGAUUGGAAUAUAAUUUUAAGUUGAAUGAUUGAUUUAUAAGAGAUUAGGGUGGUUGAAAGGUAACAAGUUUCUAUCCAACAGAAGGCACUGGCACAGGGUUAAAGCAAUGUUCAUUAAUUGUGGAGAUUAGGAUGGUUGAUAGGUUACUAGUUACUAUCCAACAGAGGCAUUGGCACUGGGUUAAAGCAAUGUUCACUAAUGUUAAGGUUUAUAUAUGUUUUAUAAGUGUUUACUUUGUGACCUGGGCCACUUUGCUCUCGCCCUACCUUCUCGUAAUAAUUUAUGAAAUAUAGAAACCAAUAUAUAAAUUCCAACUGUUGAUUAAAAAUUAAGUUGAUUGUCAUUUUACAUACAGCAUAGUGUUACAAUGUAGCAGAGCAUCGUAUAUGCAAUUAUUAUGCGUAUAUAUCGAUAUGCAAACACUAAAGUUGAAUGAUGAAAGUUAAUAAAUACGGUAACAAAUGGUUGGUCUAAUUUUGACCGUCAAUAUGUAAACACUGAAAUUGAACGGUAAACUUCUUAAGAAUUGAUAUAUCACUAUCUACGUCCUUACCAGCCAAAACUUGAUUGUAUCAUUAUCAUAUAUUAUAUUGUUAUUUGAUCAUUUGAAUGAAAAUUUGCUAAUUCUAUGUUAUUGUUACUAUAUACAGAAUGAGAGGUGCAAUUUGUAUAUAGCUG